UUUCUGAUAAUCAUAAUUCUAUCCCUCCCCCUGCUCUGCAUGUUGUGUGUACCUUUUAUAAUGAUAUUCAUAUUUCAUGAAUGAUUUCUUCUCUCUCUCUCUCAGCCCUAGAUACAGAUAUGUAUUCUUUUAUUUGUUAUAUGCUUUGGACUCCAAGUCAAAAUGAUGAAUAAAAACACCUAUUAUAUUGGCUUCUGUAAUGAUCACAGAGUUCUCGUCAUGUUAAUUAGGCUGAAUGACAAACUGAACUUGUCAAAGCCAUAUGUAAUGUAUGGUGUUGUGAUACCCUCAACCAUAAUUUGCAGGUAAUUGCAUAGAUUUUAAAUAAUAAUUUCAUUGGCAUGUAGUGAUCACUUGGUAGAACUUGGAUAUAUAUAGUGAUCCACUAUGCCUAUAUAUAUAGGCUGCAAACUUAUAGAUUUUAUAUAAUAUAAAACACAACCAUGUCUAUCAUAUUGAUGUUUAUUGGAGUAUUAUUAUCUUCCACUGCAGUAGAGUUUAUUUUCUAUCUAAUAUAGUGUCUCUUCUUGUGUAAUCAUUUCUCUCUUGAUUAGUAUAUUUAUGUUAUACACAUAUUUACGCAACAAUUAUUUAAUGCUGCUAAAUUUGUUGCAUUUUUGUGUGUUUAUGCAGAAAAUUCAACAUCAGGAAUGAGGCCACCAACUCUUAACAUUUUUCCUUCUGAGCCUAUGCAUGUAGAGCCAUCAUCUUCCAACUCAAAUGCUAACAUGGAGUUACUUUCUCCGGAAACAAGUGGAUCAAGGAAAACCAAUCUACCAAAACAAGUCUUCUCUGGCUCUGAACCAUCCAAAACUGUCAAGCAGCCAGAGAGAAAUCAUGGUAAGGGUCCAACUUCAAGUUCUGAACAUGAAGGACCUAAAACACCAGAUCCCAAGCAGCCAGAGAGAAAUCAUGGUAAGGGUCCAACUUCAAGUUCUGAACAUGAAGGACCUAAAACACCAGAUCCCAAGACACUGAGAAGACUUGCUCAGAAUAGAGAAGCAGCUAGAAAAAGCAGGUUGAGAAAAAAGGCAUAUAUUCAGCAGCUUGAGUCAAGCAGAAUCAGGCUUAGUCAGAUGGAACAAGAGUUACAACGUGCUAGAAAUCAAGGCAUGUUCUUUGGUGGAGGUGCAGUCAUGGGAGGAGAGCAAAACAUUCCUAUCUCAAUGAACAGCAUUACCUCAGACAUCUGGAGAAUUAUCUGCAGCCUCACCAGAGAGGUUGUCAAUGGCAUCUCAUGGAAAUGUUCGUGGGUAUGAUUUCACUCUGGGAUGUUGACUCUGGUCUGGCACAACUUCGCAAGUGCUUUCCCAUGAAAGAUGUGUAUGGCAUGAAAUAAAUAAAUGAUUUUUUUGGUGGAUAUGCAGUAUAAAAGUCUCUUAGAACCUGAAUGUUUAUCAUCAUUGACACUUUCGACGCUUUCCGAACUGCCCAACAAGUGGUAUCAGAGUCAUG